AUGUCGGGGAGAACCGUGGUGCUCGGACGGAAGCGGCUGACUCACACUCAGCAACUCACCGUUUCGCUUGUUCUUGACGUUACAAGUAGUUUGGAGGCGCAAAGGCCAAUGGCUCAGUCUUACUUUUCCGCCCCAGCGCGGUCAUCUUUACUUGCGAAGGAGCCUUUGCUUUCGAGUCACGGCGGUGAGAAACAUUUGAAGGUGGAGGAUGUCCAAGAAGCCUACAUUGAGCAAAAGGAUCGUUUGGUUCUUGCCCUUGAUUCUACCAAGUCUAUUCUUGGAGAACUGCGUCAGUUCAACAAGGAGGAGUGGGUGGUGAGAUAUCCCACUCUUCACGAGCAACCCUCCGCAGAGCCUUCGUCAAUAUCAAAGGCAAAGCCCCGUCGCUCUCUUCGCCGUUCGCUUUCGUUCGCAGAUGAUCCAGACAACCAAACUGAGGUUCUUUACACUCCUGUACGAGAGGGCCUGACCCGGGCUGUCACCCUGGCGUCAAUCGCUGACGCCCCAGAAGGUGCUGAUGAAGGCACCAAUCAGGGUGAGAUGGACAUGUGCGACGGAGAGAGGUUGAUACCGUCGUCCAAGAACGGGGAUUUCAACAUUCUUCGUCUGGACCUUAAACUCGGCCCCCACGGCUCCGCCGUAUCCCCUGCCGCUCUCGUAUCACACCUCGAAAAGGGUUCCAUUGCCAGUUUAUUGGAUGAGCGUAUUGGUGCCUCUGUCAACCAUAUGGAUAAGCUCCGCCUUCGCGUAGAAGAUACUUCAUCAAAGGUUCUUGUCACUGGCGACCUUAAUUCUGGGAAGUCCACUUUUGUCAACGCCCUUCUCAGGCGUGAGGUGAUGCCAAUUGACCAGCAGCCCUGCACAACUGCCUUUUGCGAAGUGCAUGAUGCUGCUGAGAAUGACGGCAAGGAGGAAGUUCAUAUUAUCAAGGAAGGCGUGGUGUAUAGCAUCUCGGACGAGUCGACCUUCACGCGCGUUCAACUUGCCGAUUUGGAGACGAUUGUCUCAGACAACGAGGGUGUUCAGCCAGUCUUGAAGAUUUACCUCGCCGACAGUCGGGCACCAUCGGAAUCAUUACUCAAUAAUGGGGUUGUUGAUAUAUCCCUUAUUGAUGCCCCCGGUCUUAACCGCGAUAGCUUGAAGACAACCGCUCUCUUCGCUCGCCAAGAGGAGAUCGACGUCGUUGUUUUUGUAGUUUCCGCGGAAAAUCACUUCACCUUGUCCUCCAAGGAAUUCCUAUGGAACGCUAGCAACGAGAAGGCAUACCUUUUCGUUGUCGUGAACAAGUUCGAGCAGAUCAAAAACAAGGAGAAAUGCAGGAGGUUAGUGUUGGAGCAAAUCAAGCAGCUGAGCCCCAGGACGUACGAGGACGCUGAAGACCUUGUCCACUUCGUUGAUUCCGCCGCUGCCCUUCGGCCAUACACAGCCAAUCCAGCAUUCGACGACCUGGAAUCUUCGCUUCGUUCGUUCGUUCUUGUCAAACGCUCCAAGUCUAAGCUCCAGCCCGUCUCAACAUAUCUCUCCAACCUCCUAUCCGACGUUGAUCUUUUGGUCGGGGCAAACGCUAUCGUCGCCCAAUCUGAUCUUGACCGCGCCAAAGAUGAUUUGAAGCGUGUCAAGCCAGUUCUUGACAAGAUGAAGGGUAGCCAAGAUUUAUUGGAAGAAAACCUGGAGUCUGUGGAGGAAAUAGGCGCAGAGAAGACGAGUGCUAGAACAAAGGCCAUCCUUUCCUCUGCCAUUGAGCGCGUCGGGCAAGGCCAGCCUGGCGUGGAUCAUGCCACCAUUUCCCUGCCAGCUUUCCCUGGAUUCCUACGCAUUUGGGAUUAUGCCAGAGAUGUCAAGAAAGCUCUGUUGGUCAGCUUGGAUGCGGCUGUGAAGCUCGCUGAGGAUGAAGCGCGCGUCACUACUUCUGCAGGGGUGAAGAAGAUCGGCGAGCUUGGCGAUGCCAAUCUUCCUGAAGGAGUCGAGAAGUCGCGUAGGGUAUUCAUGCCUGAGGCCAUGUUCUCAUUACGUGCAGGCAAGAAGGGAGUUCGCCGUCGUUCAUCUUCAACAGCCACCGCCGUCGUGGCUGGAGGAGUCCACAAUCUCGGCAUUGGCUUCGCACAGCGCCAGGACAUGCUUGACACUUCUGCCCUCGACAUCUUUGACUUCCACCGACUCUGGCUUCACUUUGCCAGUGACAAGAAGGAAGUGGAUGAUGAAACCAGCCCUACCACUGCACUUAGCGUUGUCUCUGUUGGCGUCGGUGCGCUAACAAUGGUUGGCGGGCAGACGUUCGGUGCCCGAGGCAUCAUCGAUGGUAUUGUACGCAUUUCUGAGCUGUUCGGAAACGAAACCACUAGGAAGUGGGCGGCUCCUGUUCUGGGCGCUUUCGUGAUCGGUGCAACUGCUUACUUCGUCCUUGAGCUACCCAACACAAUCCCACGCACCGUCGGUCGUCGCAUCCGUGCAUCCCUGGUUGCCGUUGACGAGAACGCAACUGAGAACGAACUCUUCGUCAAUGCCCAUGCCGGCCGUGUUAGUAGGGAGACGCGCAAGGUUUUGCGUCUGGCGUCUUGGGAUCUCAGGGAGCGCUUCAGAUCUGCAAUGGAAGAGAGAUGCAAAGAGGUCAAGAACGCAGAAGAUAUGGAGAGGAAGGCCAAGAGAGCACUCGAGUACUUCCAGGAGGUGGAGACAAAGACAGGUUUGAUUAGAGGCGAUGCUGGCUUGGUCAGUUCGUUGUAA